GCUCCACCACGCACUGCAAGUGAGGAGCGUUGCAAUACGCACGGGAGCAGCCAAAACACACACACACACACACACACACCUACACGCACAAGUGCUCGCUCCAUCUCGCGAAACGACGGACGAGGAUGCCCAAAGCUCGCAGCAAUCCGGCCAGGCUGCGAGCCAGAGCCAAUCGGCACGAUCCCAUCGCAAGGGCUAGGGUUAGCAAUGGCGCACAACACGCAACGCUCGGCAAUGGCAAUAGCAAGAGCAACGGUAGCCGCACAGGGGCUGCCACGACGACGACGACGGCAAAGGAGAUUGUGAUCCCGCUGCUAUCCAAGCUGCCCCUCUCCUACGCCCACGCCCACGCCCACGCCCACGCCCACGGCGCUCCUUCCACAACCACAUCCAGCACAGCCGCACCACCAUCAACACCAUCUUCGGGCGAUACGCUGUGGGCGCUAUCCUCCCUCUCCGCUCUGCUGUCCAACAAAUCGGAGCGCAAAGUGCUGCUGUCGGCCAAGCACAAGCUCGUGCAGCGAUUGAUCAGCGCUCUGCAACACGACGAUGCGGAUGUGAGGACAGAGGCUAGCGGUACCAUGCGCAACCUCUGCGUUCAGGCCGGCUUCGAAGCCAGGAGGAGCUUGGCAGAGCAGGGCGCCCUGAUCGUCAUCGUCGAGCAGUUGCAAAGCAGCGCUGCCAUGCUGAGCAUGAGGCUGGAUCAUGCCAGCGCGCACAGGUACACGGAGGAGCGGCGAGAUGGCGUUGCGAUGGCACCCAGCCACAUCAAAGUGGUGGACAAGCCGAUGGAUCAGAUGAACAAAAAGGAAAAGAGGCACGCAGCGAAAGCCGCAAAGGCAGCGGCAGCUCAAGAUGCUGCUGCUGCUAGUGCUGGUGUUGCUGCUGCUGCUGCUGCUGCUGCCGCCGCUGCCAAGGCUCAGACUGGCGAUGUGCCCAUGGAUGCUGACGCUGACAACCACGUCACCGCCGCCGCCGCCACCGCCGCCGCGCCUGCCAACGAAGACGAUGAAAAGACGGCGUUGGCAUUGACGAGACAAAUCAACCUUUGCGUGUCGCUGUGGUGCAUCUUGGAAGCCGGUUCCGAGCAUCUCGCGCCUCUCGCUCCUCACCUCACAGCACUCACCUGCGUGCUCUGCUCCAUCGUCGAGCGAGCAUCGCUGGCUGGCAUGCGUCAAAUCGAUCAGCAUGCCUCUUCGGAGCCUCUGAGCGCUCUCGCACGAAUCGCUGCUCAAAAGAGCGCGCUAGAGGUGGAAGCGGGCAAUGCAGCAGCGAAUGCCCUCAUCGGUCUCACCGAAGCUCAUCCUCCAGCGGCAGCCGCGCUGACGGGUGUAGCCAGGUUGGAGUUGGAGCGGGCACUCCGCGCAGGCAAGGCCGGCGGCGUGGGCAAAAGGGCAAGCAAGAAGACCAAGUCGAGGCUAGACCCGGCCAGCGUGGGGCCUGAUCCAUCUGCUCAAGAUGCACAGAGCAACGUGGACGCUCUCGACUGUGCGGUACGCCUGUUGCGAAGUGCUUUGGAUCGUGCGAGAACUGAAGCGAGCGGCGGCAAGGACGAGCAGACCACCAACAUGGUGCACUUGGGCUUGUUGAGCGUCGGCGUCCUCAGGAACAUCAAUGCAGCGCUUCCAGCAGAGCUAGCAAAUCAUGUGCGCAUCUCAUCAACCCACUUGCAAGCCUACGAGCUCCAACACGCAUUGCCUUGCUUGACGGACGUCUUGUCCUUGUACGGGGCCGAAUGGCAGUGGACCGAGCAUCUUGGAGCUGUGCAGCGCGAGGAGAGCAAUACAUCCUCGGGCGCUACUCAAAAGCCUGCAGAUGUCGAAAUGGAGGGAAGCGAGAGCGCAGAUGCAGGACACAUUGCCGACGCAGCCACAGCUAACGGAAGCGAGCUGCUUGCAGACGAAGAGGGCCAGACGACGACCAAAGCUGGACAAGCGGCGGAGGACAGGCUUGGCAUCCUGCAGCUCUCGCUCGAGAUCAUCGCUGAACUUUUGGGCAGCGUGUCUAGUUCGGGCUUGAGCGACGCCGUGCAGGAUCGCGCCGCAGACGCUGAUGCAGACGCAGCGAUGGUAGACGAUGAGGAUGCGCAAUCGGACGAGUUGGAAAUUUUCGAUGCCCUCGAUGAGGACGAAGAGGAGGUGGCUGCAGAGGCAAGAAUCACUUCUUCAUGGGAUGGCAAGUCAUUCUCAAGCCAUCCAGCCGCUAGGAUCAUCGACUCUUCCCUGUCCGUCAAUCUGGUCGGAAUGGCAACGCAAUGCUACUUUGCCGCCUCGCAGUGCCUGCCAGAAGCGAGCGCCAGGAUGGAAGGCCUGCUGGGUCUCUCUAGUCGCGCCUUGUCCGUCGUGUCGAACCUGUUCGACGGAGUCGCGCCGUUUGCUCCUCUGCCACCAUCCAGUCCAGAGGCGCCUGAGCACAUGUCUAGAUGGAGGCAGGUAUUUGCGCAAUGGCGAACCACAAGCAAACCUCUUUUGCAGACGUGGUGCGACUCCUUUGACCUCUUGCAAGCAGUCUUGAGCGGCUCUGCCAAGGACCAGCUCGACAUUACGAGCGCAUGUUUGCUGGUCCUCUACACGCUUGCUAAACUGCACGAAGGAGCAGACUUGCCGCUCGCAUGGCAAGAUCAUCAGCCAAACGCUGUCCUUGUAUGCCUCUCCAGCAUCGCUUCCAGUCCCACGUCGCAGUCGGUAGCCGACAACGACGCUUCCCGCGCGAAAUCCCUUGGCAUCCUGAGCAUCAUUGCGCGCAGUCCAUCCUUGGAAAUGUCGCUCCGGGGCGAAAUUGCGCAAGGAGCACUUCAGAUUCUCGAGUCGGUCCUCAGCCCCGACAGGCCCAUCGGUCCCAACACGCUCGUCGCUGCGACCAACGCCAUCAUCGACACUUUUGCAGACGAGACUAGCCCUUACGACGAGCCCGUCUUUCGCCAGCAGGCAUCCUUGCCGCGCUUGAGAAAGGUGGUGGGACCCGUCAAGAGUCUUGCCAAGACCAUCGACAAGCGAACCGAUGGCGCGCUGAGAGCGUUGGCGGAUGAGAGCACUACGAACCUCAGAGCAUUUGUAGAGUAUCGCAAUGGGCUCGGGUACUGAAUCCGAGAAACAAGACAUUCGAG